AACAUUCGCCACAUUCACAGUCCCAGCAUUGCUCACCCAGACAGCCUGAGCUCCACCAAUCCAUCAUGGCUUCCUCCGCCGUUGCUUCCGCCACCCGUGCAACCUCCUCCUUCUCAGCAACGUCUUCCUCUUCCCUCCAAAAUACGCAGGCAACCACCUUCGCUAUCGCCCCGGCAUUCGCUCGCACUCGUCCCCACCGCCGGUCCCCUGCAUUGUCAUCACCAACCAGCAGACAGAAUGUGCAGGGAUCGCACUUUUCCAUUGCCCCUGGGUGCGAUCAACUGAGGAGACAGACCACCAGGUUCCAAUGCAGGGUGGCUCGGCAGAGUACGGGUCCUGUAAUCAGAGCGGAGCGCUCCUAUGUGAUGAUCAAGCCUGACGGUGUACAGAGGGGCCUUGUUGGGGAAAUCAUCACCCGUUUUGAGAGGAAAGGCUUCCAGCUGAAAGGACUGAAGCUCUUCCAAACACCAGAGGAUCUUGCAAAGGAGCACUACAAGGACCUCGCUUCAAAGCCUUUCUAUGGAAAGCUAGUGGACUACAUCAUCUCAGGCCCUGUGGUAGCCAUGAUUUGGGAGGGGGACGGCGUGGUCGCGUCAGCCAGGAAGCUCAUUGGUGCAACCAACCCGCUCGCAGCUGAGCCAGGGACUAUCCGCGGCGACUUUGCCGUUGAAGUUGGAAGGAAUGUGGUCCAUGGAAGUGACAGCCCUGAGAAUGGGGAGCGUGAGAUUGGUCUGUGGUUCGAGGAGACUGAGGUGGUGGAAUGGACCAGGGAUAUGACCCCUUGGCUGAAGGAGUAACCUUCAAGGUGAAGAGUUUUGCAAUGAGACAAGCACAAGGAACUCACCCAGGUAAUGGUAUGAGGUGCGACGGUGAGCCGGCCUGUGUUGUGACUGCGAUGGUGACGAAAUACUGAGGGUAAACCUGUGUUCGUGCGCGAAAUUUUGAAUGUCUACCGAUUAAUCGACGUCUUCUUUUCGCUUGUUUGUUGUACUAAAUAAAACUGCGACUCAGUGCAUCAUGCACUGCACUGAUUGCGGUUGUAAGCAGACAGUCGGACCCAUUUAAACCUAAGAAUACAGAACCUCUGAUUGCGCAAUGAUGCACCGCGAAUGUUGGC